AUGCGAUAUCGCUCCCCCGCCACUCUCAACUCGACGCUGGCCGGCAAGCAUGUCCUCUUCAUGGGAGAUUCCAUCACGCGGUAUCUGGCCGAAGCCCUGCUCAGAGCGACUGGGAGGAGCGCGGCCGUCCCCAGGUGGCACAUGGACAUGACCUACCCGCUGGCAGCCUCCAAUGCCACCCUGGACUUCUGGUGGAGUCCCUACCCGUCCAACAUCACAGACUCAAUGCAAAGGGUCCUCAACACCACCGCCAGGCCAGACCUGGUGGUGGCUUCCUUCUGCGCCUGGCACCUCCACUCUGUCAUGAACAUCAGCGACUGGUCCAGGCAGCUCGAUGAGGUGGAUGCAGGAGUCAAGAUCCUCGCGGCCGACGGCCUUCGACCCAUCGUGGUCAGCUGCCCCCACAGCGUCCAGGAUCGCCUCACCACGGAUGAGUGGGCGGUCAUCAAGCCCUUGGGGCUGCGGUACAACGAGGUGCUGAUGAGCCGGACGCUGCGGUCCUGGCGCCUGCUGGACCUCAACACCAUGAGCACCAACUGCGGGGACCCGUGUAGCAAGGACCGGGAGCACGCCUUCAGACCCGUGUAUGAUGCCGCGGUGCAGGUCCUGCUGGGGAUGAGCGCGGGGCCCCUCUUGGGGGAGGGGGAACGAUGA